UGUGUUGGCACACGAAAAAAAAAAAUAGUGACACGUCCACCCACCCUGUCAAACUUCCACAGUUCCUCUGUUCCUGUAUGAUAAAUUUUCAUGUUUUAACUAUUAAAAAUGCCGUUGCGCCUGGAUAUCAAGAGGAAGUUGACAGCGAGGUCGGACCGCGUCAAGUGUGUGGACCAGCACCCGACCGAGCCAUGGCUCCUAUGCUCCCUAUACAACGGUGACGUGAACAUAUGGAACUAUGAAACACACUCACAGAUCAAGAGGUUUGAGGUAUGCGAUCUACCUGUGCGCGCCGCCAAGUUCGUGCCACGCAAGAACUGGGUGAUCACCGGCUCCGAUGACAUGCAAAUUCGCGUGUUCAACUACAACACGCUGGAGAGAGUGCACGCUUUUGAAGCGCACUCCGACUACGUCAGAUGCAUCGCAAUACAUCCUACACAGCCAUACAUUCUCACCAGCAGCGAUGAUCUCCUGAUCAAGUUGUGGAACUGGGAACGCAACUGGGCAUGUCAGCAAGUGUUCGAGGGCCAUACACAUUAUGUGAUGCAGAUCGUCAUCAACCCUAAAGACAACAACACAUUCGCUAGUGCUAGUCUUGACACCACCGUCAAAGUAUGGCAACUUGGGUCCUCAAUUUCCAACUUCACGCUAGAAGGCCACGAGAAAGGCGUCAACUGCGUCGACUAUUACCAUGGAGGAGACAAGCCCUACCUCAUAAGUGGUGCUGACGAUCGUCUUGUCAAAAUAUGGGACUACCAGAACAAAACAUGUGUUCAGACAUUAGAGAGUCACACGCAGAAUGUGACGGCGGUGUCGUUCCACCCCGAAUUGCCGAUCCUGCUGACUGGCUCAGAGGACGGCACUAUCAGAAUAUGGCACGCAGGCACUUACAGACUAGAAUCCUCCCUCAACUACGGUUUCGAGAGAGUCUGGACCAUUUCUUCCAUGCACGGCUCCAACAACGUGGCCAUCGGUUACGACGAGGGCACGAUCAUGAUCAAGGUGGGUCGCGAGGAGCCCGCUAUUUCCAUGGACGUCAAUGGAGGCAAGAUUAUUUGGGCGAAACAUUCUGAGAUGCAGCAAGUCAACCUGAAGGCAUUGCCAGAAGGCACUGAGAUAAAAGAUGGGGAGCGAGUCCCAGUGAUGGCGAAGGACAUGGGUUCCUGUGAGAUCUACCCUCAGACUAUUGCGCAUAACCCGAACGGGCGGUUCGUGGUAGUGUGCGGCGACGGCGAGUACAUUAUUUACACGGCCAUGGCACUUAGAAACAAGGCCUUUGGAACUGCACAGGAGUUCGUCUGGGCGUUUGACAGCUCGGAAUAUGCGACUCUUGAAAACUCCAGCACUAUCAAGGUGUUCAAAAACUUCAAAGAGAGAAAGAGCUUCAAGCCUGAGUAUGGAGCUGAAGGAAUAUACGGCGGUUUCAUGUUGGGUGUGAAGUCUAUCAGCGGUGUGGCAUUCUCUUUCUAUGACUGGGAGAAUCUGGAGUUGAUCAGAAGGAUCGAGAUCCAACCACGACACGUGUAUUGGUCUGAGAGUGGCAACCUGGUGUGCCUGGCGGCUGACGACUCGUACUACGUGCUCAAGUAUAAUGCAGCUGUUGUGACGCGAGCUCGCGAAACCAAUUCCAACAUCACAGAAGACGGCAUCGAAGACGCUUUUGAGGUCGUGGGUGCAGUGAACGAGGUUGUAAAGACAGGACUAUGGGUAGGCGACUGCUUCAUCUACACGAAUUCCUUGAACAGAAUAAACUACUACGUCGGCGGAGAGAUCGUCACCAUAUCCCACCUCGACCACACCAUGUACAUCCUCGGAUACGUCGCCAAGGAGAACAGGCUGUACCUAAAUGACAAGGAGUUGAACAUAGUGUCCUACUCGCUGCUGCUGUCGGUACUGGAGUACCAGACGGCGGUGAUGCGCGCAGACUUCGAGACAGCAGACCGUGUACUGCCCACCAUUCCACAAGAACAUCGCACUAGGGUCGCUCACUUCCUAGAGAAACAAGGCUUCAAACAACAAGCUUUAGCAGUCUCCACAGAGCCCGAACACCAGUUCGAGCUAGCCCUCUCACUGGGCGAACUUAGAAGAGCGAAGCAGUUGGCUGAAGAGGCGGCAUUGGCCGAGGGUUCUACGUCGCGAUCCUCAGCGGCGCGGUGGUCUCGGCUAGGAGCUGCCGCCGCCGCCGCCGCAGACACGGAACUCACCAAGGCCUGCUAUCAGAGUGCUAAGGACUACAGUGCCCUCCUUCUAUUCGCAGCUAGUACCGGCGACAAAGAACUGUUGAAGAGUGUUGCACAGAUGUCCUCGGUGGAAAACGCAGAGAAUAUCUCAUUCGUGGCCUACUUUAUGCUGAAUGAUCUCGAAUCCUGUCUCAAGCUGCUCAUACAACGGGACAAGCUGCCUGAAGCCGCCUUCUUUGCCAGAUCAUACAUUCCAUCGAAGAUGUCAGAAGUGGUGAAGCUAUGGCGUGAGUCCACUAGCGCCAGCAACGCAAAGCUCGGCCAAUCUCUCGCCGACCCGGAGCAGUAUGAGAACUUGUUCCCUGAAUUCUCGCAAUCAUUGGAGUUGGAGAGAUUUCAGCGCGAGUAUGGGUAUGAACAAAGUUGCUUGCUAGCAAACUUGCCGUUCGACUCGAAGACUUGCAACCUUGAGCGUAACCUUGCCACGGAGAAGGAGGAGGCCGAGCAACGCGGCUUUAAGCUGAGCUCCACUACCCUGGUGCGGUCUCCUGCAGACAGCUCAAAUGAUCUUGGUCUCGAAGACCGAGAUACAAGCAAUGAUAGUCCUUCCCGCAUGGUGCCGGACAGUACAGUGACUACCGCGGCGCAGCAGGAUCUGAAGAAACGGCGCGACUCUCUCGACAUGGAGGAGCUGGAGCGGGAGAUCGAAGAUAUCGUCCUCGACGGCACGGUCGAAAACGUGGAUCUGUCGGACGAUGUAGAUUUACUGGAUUAAUUCUUAAGUGUAUUUAAAUUGUUUAUUUUAUAUACAGUACAGAUCAUAAAACUAUUGUACUUCAUAAAGUGCUAAUUCCUUAUAAGAUUGAAGUAUUAUACAGAUUUGCUUUGUUGUGUUUUUGUUGGAUAUUAAUAAAAUGUAUAUCGGACUCUUGAUGUUAAACAGAUAUUGAUGUUCUAAUCAAAUAUAAUACUAAUGGAUCUAUUAGCCACAAUAUUAUAUUCUGGUAGUAUAAUUAUAAUGAAUGAAAUGCUAUAUUACUUAAUACUUAAACUGGUAAAGAAACAUGUUAUUAUUUGUAAGAAAUUGAAGAGUAUGUAAAUUAUAUAAUAGGAUAAUAGCGAAAGCCGCGAUAUCAAGUGUAUGAUGUACCACAAACAGCUGCAAGUGUAGCGAGGCGCGGCCGGCGGCGGGUGUCGCCGAGCGCCGGAUUACCUCACGGCGCGCUCUGUAAUGGUGCUGUAAUGCUGUAAUGCCAGGUUUCCUGUUUAGUACUCGCCGUUAAAUCAGCCAGACGCGCUUAUUAGACAACUACGUCCAUUCAGAAAAAAGGAAUCAUAAUUUAACCUUUUAACGGAGUGCCGCCGUGCUCUGAACUAGUUGGACUAAUUUGUAAGACAACCCAUAUAAAUUGAAAUUAGUCUUGUUAGGAUGUCAUAUUAAUUUGUUUUAAUUAAUUGCUAUCAUCAGACUAGGUGUGCUACUCCUUAUCGCUAGAUUAUUUGCAGCAACCGCAGCAUACUUAAUCACUUGAUAUUAUUCAAAAAUACUUAAACAAGCAUUUUUCGUUUAAUCUAAUUAGUGCGUGCAGGCAGAUGGAAUGUUUCUACUCGUAGAAAAGCCUAAGUAUCUUGUAACAUAGUUUUGUCUCCAAUUUCGUCACUAUACUGUCUUAUAUAUUGCAAUGUUUUGUAAAUCUAUUUUUAAUAAUUAAUAUAACUUAGGUAUGCAUGUAUACUGCAUAGAUGUAAGUAUCCUUAUGGGUGGUUGCCGCACCGUUUCAAGCAUAUUUUGUGUGUCGUUAAAUUUACUCUAUCGUUAGGAAUAAAAUUAAUAAUUCAACUUCUCUUCAACUUAUAUUAUUUGCUGAAUUGUAAAACUUUGUGUUGGAAGUCAAAAUUAUUUGCAUUAAUUCUGAGAACAUUCUGUGUCGUUCACAUUUAAAUACGCACACCAAAGUACAGACCUCUGUCUUGAAGUUUGAUGAACUCUCUUUAUUUAACUAUACAGUAAGUUUGUUAAUAUAUAUAUCGGAUAACUUUAUCACGUCUGGUUGUGAAACUAGACCGUUUCGAUAUUUCCUAACGACUACUCUGAGAAGACACAAUGAAAUAAUCUCAGAGGUCAGUAUAACUUUUAAAGACAUCCUGUAACAGUAUGGUAUACUGUAACAAUUCAGGUUGGUCUGACGUGAUACCUGUACUUUGUAAUAUGAUGCAGGUGGACCUGUCGGCCUGUGCAUCCGUCGCGAGAGUACUCAAAAUGAUCCUAUCUACUUAGUAAUAGUAAGGCAAAAAAGAGACCCACAAGGUGCUACAAUAAAGAUAUGUUUUAUUAUUUUUUCACAAUUAUAGUAAAGAUACGUUUUAUUACAAGUCAAAGCCUAUUUCUUUAUUCAAAACAAUAUAAAUUAGGUAAAUCUUAUAGUUUUUCAAGGAACGAGGACUAAGAAUGAAGAUAGAUUUUAGUUUUGAUAUGUACGAAUAGAAGAUCCUAUAAUAAUAGUUACUUAUACCCGGCGCGUGUGUAUGACCUGUAAACAAAGUUGAAGAACUGAGUGAAAAUUAGGAUCGUAGUAAUAAAUAAAAUAUUUCUUGAAAUUCA